UCCCCUGCCGCUGGAGGGCUGCGCGGCCCGGCGCGGAGCGGAGCGGGGCUGAGGCGCACAGCGGAGAUGAACGCCGUUCUCGCCGUGAAGCAGUACGUGUCGAAAAUGAUCGAGGACAGCGGGCCGGGCAUGAAGGUGCUCCUGAUGGACCGGGAGACGCCCGGCGCGGUCAGCAUGGUGUACACGCAGUCCGAGAUCCUGCAGAAGGAGGUUUACCUCUUCGAGCGCAUCGACUCCCCCGGCAGGGAGCCCAUGAAGCACCUGAAGGCCGUCUGCUUCCUGCGGCCCACCAAGGAGAACGUGCACUGCCUCAUUCAGGAGCUGCGGAGGCCGAAGUACAGCAUCUAUUAUAUCUAUUUCAGUAAUGUGAUCAGUAAGAGUGAUAUCAAGGCAUUAGCUGAGGCUGAUGAACAGGAAGUUGUGGCAGAAAUUCAGGAGUUCUAUGGAGAUUACAUUGCAGUGAAUCCACACGUUUUUUCUCUCAACCUCUUGGGCUGCUGCCAGGGUCGCAACUGGGAUCCAGCCCAGCUGUCCAGGACAACUCAAGGGCUGACUGCUCUGCUUCUGUCCCUGAAGAAAUGCCCCAUGAUUCGAUACCAACUCUCUUCUGAGCCAGCAAAGAGGCUUGCUGAAUGUGUGAAGCAAGUAAUCACUAAGGAGUAUGAGCUGUUUGACUUCCGUCGCACUGAGGUUCCUCCUUUGCUUCUUAUUCUGGACCGCUCAGACGAUGCCAUCACCCCCCUGCUGAACCAGGUGAAUCACCUCAGCUGUCCAAGGGGGAGCAGUGAGUGCUGGCAGUGCACAGAGCCUCGUGGCAGCAGCUCACAGCCUGACGGUGUGUGGACGUACCAGGCUAUGGUUCAUGAAUUGCUGGGCAUCAACAACAACCGCGUUGACCUCUCGCGUGUGCCGGGCAUCAGUAAGGAUCUCCGGGAGGUGGUCCUGUCUGCUGAGAACGACGAGUUCUACGCCAACAACAUGUACCUGAACUUUGCAGAGAUUGGCAGUAACAUCAAGAAUCUUAUGGAGGAUUUCCAGAAGAGGAAACCUAAGGAGCAGCAGAAGCUGGAAUCCAUAGCAGAUAUGAAGGCAUUUGUGGAGAACUACCCUCAGUUCAAGAAGAUGUCAGGCACGGUGUCAAAGCACGUGACGGUGGUAGGAGAGCUCUCGCGGCUGGUUGGUGAGCGCAGCCUGCUGGAGGUGUCUGAGGUGGAGCAGGAGCUGGCCUGUCACAGCGACCAUUCCAGCGCCCUCCAGAAUGUGCGGCGCCUCCUGCAGAACCCCAAGGUGACUGAGCUCGAUGCUGCCCGGCUGGUGAUGCUCUAUGCCCUGCACUACGAGCGGCACAGCAGCAACAGCCUGCCAGGGCUGAUGGCAGAUCUCAAGAAUAGGGGUGUUUCUGAGAGAUACCGAAAGCUGGUCUCUGCUGUUGUGGAAUAUGGAGGGAAACGGGUCCGGGGCAGCGACCUGUUCAGUCCCAAGGAUGCUGUAGCCAUCACAAAACAGUUCCUCAAAGGACUGAAGGGUGUUGAGAAUGUGUAUACACAACACCAGCCUCUCCUUCAAGAAACACUGGAUCAGCUCAUCAAAGGAAAACUGAAGGACAGCCAGUACCCCUACUUGGGUCCCAACACGCUCCGUGACAGGCCCCAAGAUAUUAUUGUUUUCAUCAUUGGAGGGGCGACUUACGAGGAGGCACUGACUGUGUACAACCUGAACCGCACCAACCCGGGCGUCAGGGUCGUCCUCGGCGGGACCACCAUCCACAACACCAGGAGCUUCCUCGAGGAGGUUACAGCUUCAGGUUUCCGCGGCCGAAGCACCGAGGGCUCCCAUGCUGCACCGAGGCCGAGCAGCAGGCGGUGAAGCUGGGGCAGUUCCUGCCUCCCCAUCCUCUGUGCUGGCAUUGGUGCCUGCAUGCAGGAACGUGCCCCAGACUGCAGCACCCACACCGCCUCCGCUGGACGUGGGACGCUCAGAACAUCCCUCUGCAAGCACUGCGUGUCUGCUGCCAUGCUGCCCUGAGGCUCUGCGCUGCUGAUGUGUCCGGACACACGUGAGUCCCCUAACGAACAUCUGGUGACAUGGCCCAGACCUUCAUGUGCAUCUCUGGAAGGUGAAGCUGACGGGCACUGCUCAGUUGUCUGUAUAUUUUGAGUCCUAUUAAAUAACCCAUUUUGGCUGAACCUCUUUUCUAUUAAAGAGUGCCACUCCAUGCUUCAUCUUCUCCAUUAACUUCCCUUUACUGUAAGAAAGCUGCACCACUCAGUGCCCCUUUCCUCGCUCCCAUGUUCUGAAAAAGUGUUGUGAUUUCUAUUUAACAAUAAAAAUUACUCUUGCAGUAA